AGUUAAUCGUUAACCUUAUAUAAAGAGAAACCAUCAAUCAGUUCAUCUAACUCGUCGGCUUUUCAUCUCAUCUACUCGGCGUUGUUGUGCGGUGGUUCCGUCGGUGAAACCCUAAUUUCUGAUAACAUCCGCUUAACCUAGCUUGGUUUGUAGUUCGGAUGGCAUCUGCAUCUAGCCAGCCUCAGUUUCGAUACACACAACCCCCAUCAAAGGUCCUUCAUUUGAGAAACUUACCAUGGGAGUGCACAGAGGAGGAGCUGAUCGAAUUGGGAAAACCUUUUGGUAGAGUUGUGAAUACCAAGUGUAAUGUAGGAGCAAACCGAAAUCAAGCAUUUAUAGAGUUUGCAGAAUUAAAUCAAGCCAUUGCAAUGAUAUCGUACUAUGCCUCUUCCUCUGAACCAGCUCAGGUACGGGGGAAAACCGUCUACCUACAAUAUUCCAACAGGCAAGAGAUAGUGAACAACAAAACUACAGCAGAUGUAGCUGGAAAUGUGUUGUUGGUUACAAUUGAGGGAAAUGAUGCUCGCCUUGUCAGCAUUGAUGUUUUACACUUGCAGGCCAAUGUCCAGGAUAUAUCUUCAAUGGCAGCUUAUUGCAUCGGGAGAAAGAGCGCAUGCGUGUAUUUUCAGCUUUUGGAUUCGUGCAUAAGAUAACGACAUUCGAGAAGACUGCAGGAUUCCAGGCUCUGGUGCAAUUUUCUGAUGCAGAAACCGCUACCUCAGCAAAGGAUGCCCUGGAUGGAAGAAGCAUUCCCAGCUACUUGAUUCCGGAACUGGGACCAUGUACCCUUAAAAUCACAUAUUCUGCCCAUACUGAUCUGAGUGUGAAGUUUCAGAGUCAUCGUAGCAGGGACUACACCAAUUCUCUUCUUCCUGUUGCUUCCUCAGCCAUAGAUUCAAGUGGUCAGUUCAGUUUGGGUCUGGAUGGGAAGAAACUGGAACCUGAGAGUAAUGUUCUUCUUGCUUCCAUUGAGAACAUGCAGUAUGCAGUAACCUUGGAUGUCCUAUACACGGUUUUCUCAGCUUUUGGUCCUGUCCUAAAGAUUGCAAUGUUUGAUAAGAAUGGAGGGCUUCAGGCUCUGAUACAAUAUCCAGAUAUGCGCACAGCUGCUGUUGCGAAGGAAGCUUUGGAAGGACAUUCCAUAUAUCAAGGUGGAUAUUGCAUGCUUCAUAUCUCUUACUCUCGACACACAGAUCUUAGUAUAAAGAUUAAUAAUGAUCGCGGCAGGGAUUACACAAUCCCAAAUACUCCGAUGAUGAAUUCUCAACCUUCAAUCAUGGGGCAACAGCCGCCUCAGAUGGGAGGUCCAGGCGUUCAUCCCUAUGGUGCCCCUGCCCAGUGCACGCCAGUUCCAGGUGUUGCUCCGCCUCAGCAUUCUGCAGGGUGGAACUCGGCCCCCGCCACUGCAACUCCAUCAAUGCCGAUGCAGAUGCAUAACCACCCUUACAUGCCAACUGCUAGUAUGCCCUCUCAAAUGGGUCCUGGGAUGAUGCCAAUGCAUGGACAGAACGUCAUGCCACAUUCUACUCCAAUGCCUCCUUAUCAUCCACAAUAUCACUAGUGCGAAACAAGUUUUGCCUACUAGAGUCCUCAAUAUUGUUGCAGAGAUGUGUUAACCAAAGAUGUCACUAGUCUUUUGGUCCUAACUUGCAUAUCUUGCUUCUUUUUUUGUCUGUAUUUUCUGUCAUGUUCUCUUUUUUCUCCCUUUUGAGGUCAAUGGAUGGUUUCAUACCUGCUUUUAGGCUCUGCAUUGUACACUAUUCUUGAUAUCAUCUAUCAUCACAAUGAAUGAUAAUUGGAGCCAAAGGCUUUUCCUUUCA